AAUGGAUUUAGUUAAAUAUUACCUUCCCAAAUCCGCCCUCGCCUAGGAAACCUCGUUGGGUGAAGUCUUGCAGAGUGCAGUUGGUCAAAUGCAAAACUCUGAAAAAGAAUUGCAGAAUUGAACUCAUUGUUAUUUCAAAUGAAAUGUUGAUAGUAUCAUCAGUUGCAGGUUGUACUGUAUCUUACUCUGGUUCCGUCGUCACAGCCGGUGGAAAGUCUUCUGCUGUGUUUUCUGGAUGAGUUGAGCCGAUGUUCACUUCAUCCGCAGACAUCUCACUAUAGGGAAAAUAAUCACUAAAACUGUUGGCCAAGCCCUCCAGCUCCAGUGAGGAGCAAAUCUGCUGGUGUCAGUAGCUGCUACUUCUCAAUCUCUCUCUGCGCUGAAAUGUCACCAGGCUCAAGAUUUUAUUCUCCACUGGCUGCUUGCAACUGCCUGGUGGGGGAAUCAUUGGUCGUCAAGGUUUCAGAUUUCGGGAUGGCCAGGAGUGUUCGUGUGGGAAGUGUUCGCAAGACCAAAAUUCCAUUUGAACAUUUUUCCAACUCCGAGGCUGUGGAUAAAAUCUCAGCUGGACUGAGGCUCUUCAGACCCAAGAUGUCUCCCGAAAGAGUGUACAUGCUGAUGAAGAACUGCCGGCAACAAGCUGGGAGGUCCAAAAGGGGGGGGGGGACAUGUGCGUCUGCUGCUGGCCGCACUUCUGCUUGGCCCCCCAUGACGACCCCCGACAUGGAUCUUCAUACUGCAGUGCUUCCAGCUGGUCCCACCUUGCAGAGGACAGAUCUGGUGCCUGCACCCCCCAGCAGCAAGUUAUUGGGUCAGCUGAUCUUUAUAUGUGCCUCUCCAGACAUGCAUAAGGUGGACUUGCUACCAGAUCCAAAAGAAAUAGCUGCCACUGAGCGAAGGAGGAACCAAGAGCAGCAGAGGCAGAGCCGAAUAUUUAAUGCCAAAUGUCGCACCAUCGGGGUUGAUGUACAGACACUGGACAGACAGGUGCAGGAGCUGAAGUUGAAAGAAAGAGCUGAGAAAGCUAGCGAUGAAGCAUAUGAUGCUGAAAGUCUGCUGAAUGAUAAAAUAGCACAAAUACUGGAGCAUAGGCAGGAGCAGUUGGCACAGACCUUAGAGAAAGCAGUGCAAGAUUUCAGGAACCAACUUCAGCAGCCUCAUACCCGCAGGGAGUUUGACCUGUAUGACCCCAAAGCUUUAAAGAAGGACCAACCUGCCCGAGUGGGGGAUGAAGACCCCAGGUGUGGGCUGGCCAGCUUGCAGAAAUUCACUGGAGAAGAUCUGAAUGAGAAGGAACGGAAGAAGAUGCAGAUGGAUCUGACCAAGAAAUGGUUCUCCGAGCAGCUAGAAGAGAGAAAGAGAAUGCAGCACCAGGCAAAGUAUGCAGACCACUUAAAUGACAAGAAGAGGGUAGAACUGGAUGAAAGGGCUUUGAAUCUGAGCUCCAUGGAAGAAGAAUGCAGGAAGGCCAUUAAUCUAGCCACCAAAAACUACAAUGAGGCCCUGGCUUUGGAAGCAUCAGAGCACAAAAGGCUGAGGAACCAACAGGAACAAGAUGAUAAUUUUGCAGAGAUCUUUAACCACCUUACAGGAGACAUUUUAACAGAGAACCCUGCUGCUGCCUCCAGUAGUUAUGGUCCCCACCGUGUUAUACCCGAUCGCUGGAAGGGUAUGAGUCCCGAGCAGCUCCAAGCUAUAAGGGAGACCCAGGAUCAACAAUGUCAGGAGAAGCAGAGGCUAAAUGAGCAAGAUAAGCAGCUGGAGACAGAGUGGGCCCAUCAGAGAGUUUUGGCAGCCCGGGCAGCAAUGACGCUGGAACAGCAAGAAAUGGAAAUGAAUAAAGAACUGAGAAAGAGACUGGAUUUAUAUAACCAGCAGUUGAGCAAAGAGCAGAAAGCACACCUGGAAUAUCUGGAGAAGGAAGUAUAUACUAACAACCCGACUGCCCACUACUACACUCAGUUCAACACUACCAGCCGCUGACUGCUGGGACCUUGAUAAGGUGCUACCUCUUGCCUCCAUUCUGAUCUCAGCGCUGCACAGACAUGGGACAUGUCUAUGCUUUGCUAUAUGUGUGCCUUGUAUAGAUCAAUAAAGUAGAAGCAUAUGGGAAAAA